CACUCAAGACUUUUCACGAGCAUUUUCCUCCUUUUCAAUUUCCUACUGGUCUCAGUCUGUGAAAAUUCGCGAAAAGUGGUGGUUCAUAUUUUUGAAGCCCAAAACGUUUCGGAUUUUUUGAGAAGGAGGAUCUUCUUCGAUCUUCGAGAAAAUCUCUUCACGCGCUAAUUCACUUUUGAAAUAUUUUCUACGCAUGUCAUAAUUCCACCAUUACCUGCAAGUGAGAUCAAAGGAAGAUCAUUGAAAAAUUCUCACAAAUUGAAAGUGAUCAGAAUAUUCGGUUUCUGCUAAAAAAAAAGUGUUUUAGAAUUUAAACAAUAAAUAGGAAGAAAGUCAAUAUAAUCGGAUCAGCUGUUGCAAUAAUUCAUCAUCAUUAUUUCAUAUGGACCAUAAUGUUCUAAAUUUGUUCUUAAAUUUUUCGACUUAAAAUAUAUAAAUUUUGAUCGGGUGCCAAUAAGUUGUAAUCUGUAAGCGUCAAUUGGAUGUAUUUUGAGAGAAAGAGAAUUAAGUGAAAAAGAAGGAAAAAAAAGUAGGAAUAAAAAGGAGGAAAAGUUGGGAAAAGUUAUUUUGUGAAAAUAAAAUUUACAGAGAAGAAAACUCAUCAUUUCUGUGAUUAUCUUUAUCUCACGAAAACCAAGUUCAUCGGUUGUGUCGUUGCCACAGAAUUUUUGUGUGAAAACUGUUUUUCUGUGUGGUGUGUGACGCUCGAGGAAAAGUCUCUUGGGUGGACCUUGAACUAUACCAUCAUGAAGUGAUUCAUUGCAUAAGUGAAAGAGUUGAUACACAGUAACACAAAUGCCAUACUAUUCGGAUUUAUCGUAUUACUACGGAGCAGGACCACCGUUGAUCAAUCCCUAUAUCAAUCCACCGCCAUAUGCUUCAUUUGCUGGAUAUACCAGGGCUCUCACGGGUAGCUAUGGGAGCCCUGUUCUACCCCCUAGUCGAACGACCUACGCUUCUAGUCAUCGAUACACCCCAAUGCUGUCAACAAUCUCCGAAACUCCGUAUGCUUCAGCAAGGCGUACUACUGGCCUAUCAUCCCUCACCCGGAUCAAUUCACCGAAACUGUCUAUGCACAUCUCACCCAAGUACAUCGCUCCUCGUCCGAUCCCUAUCAACACGGCAGAUAUCGAUGUCUCAGCUUCGCGGUACAAAAGGGAAUCAGCAAGGAAGAACAGAGUUUACGGCGACUCAUCAACAACGUCCCGUAUCCCCGAAGAGAAGGACCCCGAAGAAAAGGACCCCGAAGAACAACCCCAAGAUACAGAAGAUCCAACAGUCUUUAUGCCACGAUGUGAUCAAGAUGAUGAUCCCGAUAUGAGGAAGCCAAUUAAGAGAGACAGAACAGUUGUGCGGAUAUCAACGAUGCGUGCCAAAAGUGGGCGAAAAUCACCAAAAAUCGUCAAAGAGGAACCCAAAAAACCCACUGUGAAGCCCCUUGAAAUACCUCCUGCACCACCCACGGACGGUCAACCGACCAAGAAGACUUGGCGUGACAAUUUUGGCGAUGAACUCUCCCCGAAGCCAAAGGAGGCCCCUAAGAAAUCCCCCGGGGAGAGGCUUCUCGAACGCCAUUUGAUCAAGCACGAUCGUCAGGAUAGAUCACCACCGAGUAUCCCUGAUGCACAAGUGCCUGACUACUUCACAUUCGACUGCAUCCCCAAUCAAGGGGUGCGACUCGAGGAGAGACGUCCCAGUUUUCACGAUAUUUGCCAGGAUAUCUCAUCCGACAAACUGGAAUCGGUUGAUGAUCUGAAUGCUGGCGAACUACGUCGUAAGGCUUCCUUGAUACGUGAACAAGAAGAAGUCAUCUCAGCUGUUGCACAAGCUGUAAACAAGGUGACAAAGUCCGCUUCUGGAACGCUCCAUUGUAUCCUCGAGAGGCAUUUAGAUGACACAGAAUCCUCUGUGAAGAAGCACAAGAGUAAGAAGAAGAUCACACAUAAGAUCACCUGUUCAGUGGGUAUUGACGAACCGAUCCUGAGUAUUGUCAAACCGAUUGUUGUGGAUGAGGCUGAAGCGGAAAAUUCAACACCGAUCAAGGUGAAGAAGAAACUAAAUGCUGUUGUUGAGCAUAUUGAUGAGCAUGUGGUGAAGUUGCCAAAGAAGAAGAUCAAGAAGCCUCAAGAGAAGAAGAUGGAAAAGGAUGUUGAGGACAUUUGGAGUGGUAUGCGUGAAACGGUGUACUACAACAAGAGGAAGCAGGAGAUAAAAGCCCGCCAAAUUGAAAUGCUAAGGGCAUUCCAUGAGGAAGCUGAAGAGAGUCAAUCAGCUGAAAUAAUUCCCCAGGAGACUCCUCAACACGUCACAAUGGAGAGGAGAUCAGUUGUUAUCGAGGAUGACGAAGAAAGUGCAUCUAUUUUAGCACCUGUUGCUGCAUUGUGUGACCGAAGUGAAAAUUCGGUGAAGGUUUCUAAACCAAGUCAAAGUAAAUCCACAAUAACUGACGCAAAAGUACAGUCAUCGGCCAACAAUGGGGCCGAUGUGAAAACAACGGGGUGGGAAAAUAUUGAUGGUAGUAGAGUUAAAUCUUGUGAUCCUACUUCACAAUUGGUUGGUGCGUCAAGUGGUGAAAAAACAUUGUUUUCGAAAAAUCGUGAUAGUGGUCAAAGAUUUUCUACAUCUGUGGAUAAUGUGAAUGUGGUAAAAAUACCACAGGAAAAAGAAUGUGAAAAAUUACCGAUGCGGGCAUCACUAAAAAUAUCCAAUGGGCCAGAAGCCAAGUCACCUGAAGCACCAAAACCAUCUCACGAUCGCACCAAGAUCACUGAUACCACGGAAAAAGACUCCACGAUGGAUGGCAAAGCCAAAGGAGACAGGAGUCCUGGGCUGAAGAAAUUUGGCGCCAAAACAGCCGCCGCUAAAAAAUCACCGAGCAAAAAUACCGCGGCGGCUGGUGGUACACCAACCAAUGAGGAAAUUCCACAGGCAACAUCAAAUACUACCAGUAUGUCGCCUACCAGAGAGGCCAAUACCUCAGAAAGUGUGACGCCACCAGUGGUGAGGGAGGCUCACAGAACUUCAAUGGCAAAUGAAGCGAUCAGUAACGAAAUCAAUUUGAAUGAUCACGAAGAGAUCACCACAUGCAAUAGCAGCAUCAGAGACAAGGAGGUGAAUAUUUUUAAAUCACAUUCUGGCAAGAUCUCAAAGUUCCCAACAUUCACCAAUUUAAAUGAAUUAUCACUCGACUGCGAUCAGUCGGAGAAAUCGAUGGCGAUUGAAGUUGAUGGUGCUAGAAAUUAUCUGGGAACCAGUAAACCACUCGAAGUCCCAUCAACUAGUGCCCUGAGUGAAAAAUCAAGUGAUACAGUACCAAAAAGUGAUGAUAAAAGUGAUAAACCCAAAGUAGAAAUGCCACCAGAAUCACCACAAGUGAAUGGCAGUGAGAAACCACCCGUGAAGGUGGUGAAGAAGAAGAUAAUAAUAGUGAAGAAGGUGAUUAAGAAGAGUCCCAAUAAGGACAAAAGUGAACCAUUGGAUAAGAAAACUGGUGAGCAAAUAGAUCAUGAAGAAAAUUCAACUGAAUCACAACCAAUCGAAUCCAUAUCAUCAUCAAAUUCAACUUCAGAAGACAAGAAGGAGGCAGAAGAAGCCAAUGCAGAAGAUGCCAAGAAGGAUAAGAAGAGUCCCAAGGGUCAUAGGAAGAAGACCCAUGAGAAGAAGGGUGGCUUCAAUCCACAAAAAUGCAUGAAAUUCAGUCCGGAUCACAAGAAAAAGUGCUUUACAGUGGAUGAAAAGGCCACAAGAGUCCUCUAUGCCACACCAAGACCACUUCAGAAAAAGAAGAAACACAUUGAGUACUACUCCAGUGAUGAGUCCGAUAUGUCGGAUGACAGUGAUAGUGAUGCUAGCUCGCAUACAACUAGUUCAGAUGAUGAGUUCUUCGAUUGUCCAUCACCACCAGAUCACAAACUCAAUCUCUAUGCCAGCAAAGACGUUAGAAUGAGUACCUGUAGCAAUGAUUCGGGCUUCGAAGGUGGAACAGCACCAUCCAGUCCAAAACAAAUGCUUGGAGCUCACGAGGCACGAGAUUCACCCAGCACGCCACCAAGUCACAAUCCAGCAUUUAAAAUUGAUUCAACUCAUGAUUCCGAUGACUUAGAAACAUCCUAUACGUAUGCACAGUUUCAACGUUCUGGACGAAUAACAGCUCCAGCCACAUCAAUUCCACGCUUCCGGAAGUACGCCGUGGAAGACUUUCACUUUUUGGCUGUGUUGGGCAAAGGAAGCUUCGGGAAGGUACUUUUGGCCGAACUGAGAAAUUCAGAAUUUUACUACGCAGUAAAAUGCCUGAAGAAGGAUGUAGUUCUGGAAGAUGAUGAUGUGGAAUGUACCUUAAUUGAGAGGAAAGUUCUCGCCUUGGGCACCAAACAUCCCUACUUAUGUCAUCUUUUCUGUACAUUUCAAACCGAGAGUCACUUAUUCUUCGUGAUGGAGUACCUGAAUGGAGGUGAUCUUAUGUUUCACAUCCAACAGAGCGGAAGAUUCCCUGAAGUCAGAGGGAGAUUCUAUGCGGCAGAAAUUAUUUCAGGACUGAAGUUUCUGCACAAGAAAGGCAUCAUCUACAGAGAUUUGAAGCUGGACAAUGUACUCCUGGAUUUCGAUGGACAUGUCCGAAUUGCAGAUUUUGGUAUGUGCAAAUUGCAGAUUUAUCUAGAUCGAACGGCUGAUAGCUUCUGCGGAACUCCAGAUUACAUGGCACCUGAAAUUAUAAAGGGUCAAAAAUACAAUCAAGCUGUUGAUUGGUGGUCUUUUGGCGUUCUCCUGUACGAAAUGCUGAUCGGUCAAUCACCAUUCAGUGGUUGCGAUGAAGAUGAACUCUUCUGGUCAAUUUGCAAUGAAGUUCCAUGGAUUCCUGGUUAUAUAUCCAAAGAAGCUCACAACAUUCUCAAAGCUCUCUUAGAGAAAGAUGCCAGCAUCAGAUUAGGAUCAAAUUUCUGUCCCUUGGGUGAUAUAAUGGAUCAUCAAUUCUUCUUCCAUAUCAACUGGGAUAAAUUGGAAAAACGCGAAUUGGAACCACCAUUUAAGCCUCAAGUGCGGCAUCCACUGGAUACUCAAUAUUUCGAUAAGACUUUCACCAAGGAACGCGUGAGGCUGACACCGAUUGACAAAGAGAUUCUCCAGUCAAUGGCCCAAGAGCAAUUCCAGGGAUUCUCUUACACUAAUCCAAAUGCAACACUCAAUUAGUCAUUUAGCAAGCUAUCCAAAUAUUUUAUCACAUAAAAAUCUAUGUGCAAAAAAAAUACAGAAAGAAAAAAUAAUUUUGUGAUCAGUAAUUUUAGAUUUUUGAACCAACAAACCAACACUGGAAUAACCACAGAAAAGGUAACUUUUGUUCUUGAUGCCAAAUAUUGCUGAGAGGUAGUACUGGACUUUCUACAUGAGUUCCAAAAUGAAAUAAUUUUAGGCCACGCCCCUUUUCGGAGAUAUUGUCAACUAAAGUUGUCUUUCAAUUGUGAUAGGGAAGAUAUAAUCCUAUGCAAGUGAAGUAUUACUACCAAAACGAUUUUGUACAUAGAUCUGAUGAUAUCACCAGUUAAUGAAUUAAGCUACGCCUCUAAUACAUUCUGAUAAGUUUAGAUACGUUCCCUUCAUUAAGUGGACGUAUAUGAAUUUCAUGCGGAAUAUUAAUCAAAUGCAGAAAAUGAAAAGAAGAUAAAUUACACUAACAUUUUUCACUCUGAUUUGCAUUUUUAAUUACUAUGAAAAAGUAGGCGUGGCUUCCGAGGGGGCGUUGCAACAUAGAUUACUUCCAUUUCUCUUUCCCCUUAUCAAGUUUCAGCAAUCUUAAGAGCCAAUGGACAAGUAUUAGGGGAUUCUAUGUGGAAAUAGUUUAAAAAGUGGGCGUGACUUUCUAGAGGGCGUGAUUAUAUGAAUUGUUUGGAAUAUUAUGCUAGAAGUUGUGACGGCAUCAAUUGUUUCAGUCUGCUUUAGCUUCCAAGAAGCUUAAGGAAUUGAGGAUAAAAAUCCAAGCUUUGGCUGUCAACUAUGUAGUACAUAAAUGGGCGUGGCUUGCAAUGCUUAGAAUGUACAAAUUCUAAAAGGACUACAUUAAAUAAUUUACUAUUCCCAAAAAAUGGUAAAAAUGUCAUACACUUUUAAUUUUUUAAAUAGGCUUUUAAAGUCGGUUGACUAAAUGAUUUUGGGGACCGAAACUUCAAACCACGCCCACAGAUUACUUUGUGUCCCUGUAGCCGAUCGGCCGCAAAGUUUCACAGUAACAGAAAAUUCCCUGGAAUUUGUCUUCUAUUUUUCCGCAAGAGUUUCCGUGGAAAUAAACGCUAAUAUUCCGCUUGGAAUUCUGCGGAGUUAUCAGUUUUUUUUUCGCGUGGAUUUCCUGGAAAAAAGGUCCGAGGAAUUUUCUUGCAACAUAUCUGAGAGCAUUACCUGGAAAUUGAUUCAAAAUUUCCUUUGAAUAUUCCGAAUAUAUUUUCUGAUAUCUUUCCGACUAAGACUCCGUGGAAGUAAGCGCGAAAAUGCUGCAAUUAUUUUUCGCCCUAACGCUAUAAUUCUUGCGAGCUAGACAUACUCAAAUGAACGAUAUACAGUGCUGUCUCUUUAUAUGCACACUCUCUAUAUGCACAGCUUUUGUGUCGGUUGCAUUCAAAAUCAAUUUGUUUACAUUUUGACAAAGUAAUAAAGAAAAUUAUUUUCUUCGUAACUAAUUUUUCUUGUUUUUAAUUUUCUUAAUUUUAUUUUUUCUGUCUCAUAUUAUAUUUAAAAUAACACGGAAAAGUCUAGAACAAUAAAAAAAUGAUAAUUUAUUAAAAGAAAGAAAAAAACCGUUGGGAAUUUCAAAAAAAGUUGUGCAUAUUCAGAGAGAGAACUGUCAAAAAAAGUACCCAAACUGUGCAUAUAGCGAGACAGCACUGUAAUAGCAAUAUUUUCAAUUCAAAAGUAGAACAAUUGAGUGUUCGUCUGAUAGAUGAACACUCUCCAAGUUCUAAGCUGCCAAUUGGCACUGAUCGUCCAUAUUUGUGGAUGUUUUUUUCUGGAAAUUCUCUAUGAAAGUUCCACGAAAUUUUUGAUCAAUUUUUGGAAUUAUUUUGAAGAAAAAUAUAUUAAAAAAUCCACUGGAAAAGUCCUGGAAAUCCAUAAUAUUGAACCAUGGAAGCCUCUAAGGCCGUUGAAUGGAAAUUUCCACGGAGAAUUUCGUGGAAAUAAAGAGGAUUUUUCCAAAUUUGUAAAGGGCUGACUGCCGAUUAUACGCUAAUAAUCCAUAGGAAAAGCCAUGGAAAUAUUCGUCAGAGAAAAGUCCAUGGAAACUCGCGGACAUUUCUUAUCCGACGGUCCUAUACAGAGUUCCGCAAACGUCCAUGGAACGCUGGGAAGAAAUUUAGCGUCAAAUAUUCCAUCUCGGAAGCCUACGCGUAUUUUGAGCGGUAAAAUCCAGGGAAUUCUACGCGGAUUUUUAGCGGUAAAAUCAGCGGACAUGGCAGAAAAGGAUGCUGGAAAUCCAGUGGAAUCGCUGCGGCCGUUGGCUAUAGGGUGGUUUGCCAACGGUCCUUUAAGGAAUCGAGCCUCUUGCACUGACCUGCACCAGUCCUGAUGACUCUCUCUCAGCUCGUUCCAGAAACGUAGCGAGGUCGUUUCGUAUCAAUAUUGCUUUUGCGGGGAGAGAUUGAUAGCCCUACGCCCAAUCCUCUCUAGAAGGACCUGAUUCCUUGUUCGUUAGGUGCAGGUUCGCGACUUCCCACUGGGAUUGGUUACUCAAUCUUCCAUCACUCACCUCAGUGCACCGGGACCUAUCAGGUAUCUAGCCUGCUUGGAGGUGAACAUAGUAGGGGUACCGUAGUAGGUGAAGAGGCUAUGUGUCGUAUUACCCUUCCAUUUAGACCCCAUUUAGGGAUUUGUAAGGGAAUUCUGUAACGAUAUGACAAUGUCACAUGAUAAAUUUUCGUAGUAAAUUAUGUAGCAGGACAACAUUAAAGUCCAGUUAGCGUCGAAUAGCCAUUGCAAGGAGCUCUCUGAAGCUCUUAGUAACCAGUAAGAAUACGAUUUUCAAUUAACUUUUCAGAAUUUAUAAUAUAAAAAAUUCUCAAAUUUGUCAUAUGACAUUGUCAUACUGUUACAGAAUUCCCCUACUGGUCUUUCUAGAGGACUAACAACUCAUCCUCGUAAAAGCAAGGUUGUUACGAAAACUCACAAAGAGCCUCGGUUAGGACGGACUUUACGGUAACGACCUAUGCUACGUUUUGGGCAUUAAAAUUCUAAGCACUGAAAAGCCUUCUCAAAAGAGUCGUAGUCCUAAUUAAUAAGAUACAUUAACCUCUAAUUAAACAGUAGCAAUUUUAAAAGAGCUACAACUUAAAUUGACAAUAUUACUGAAAGGGGCGUGGCUUAAAAUAACUUUUGGGUGGAGCUUACUUAGGAAGUCCAGUGUUCUCUCUUCGAAAUAUGGAAUUUUUCAAAAAAGUUAUGCUCUUCUGUAGGGGUCUCCCAACACAUACAAUUAGCUUCUUUUCUCGCUUUAUAAGCAUUCAACAUUAAUAGUGGCCAAUCAUCUGGAAUAAGAAGUUCUAGCUGCGAGAUCAUUUAAAAUAGACAAAUUUUCUAUUAUUCCCACAAUUAUUUCUCUUUUUUCACAAAUUGCUUACGCGGUAUCAUGUAGCGAUUAUUUUUCUUUUGAAUCUCUCAAAGUGAAUUUAUGAUAAUGGCUUCUUUUUUUUUAAAUGCACAAAACACUUCUCUUUUCUUCAUAUGCUAUCUAUUGAUGUUUACGUUAGUAGCUGCGGUGGAACAACUUUUUGGAGAGCUGAAAGAAAGCAAGAGAAUCAAAACUAUUAAAUGUAGAGUUGGAGAUGAAAUCUGCAGAAAAAAAAUGCGAUGGAAUAAUUAUAACCAUAUUAAAACCUUUUUGUACAAUUUCAAGCUGAAGUCUUGUAAGAAACUUUUGGAACAAAUGAAAAAAAAACAAAAGCAAAAAGAUAAAAUAAAUAAAGUACAUUUUAAGUGAAAUAAAA